GCGAAGCGAAAUUCUCGUUCCGUAAAACAGUGUAAGCCGGCCCUAAGCACGCGCCCCUCUUCCUGCAUAACCCUAUCAAGCUCCCGCUGUCGCUGGCAAUAUGGAGAGACCCGUCGUCCAAUAAGGAAAAGUAUACAAACCGGCCAAGAGGAAGAGCGAGUUUUCUAGCACGCGAUCAAACGGGAAUACCCUGAAAAUUUCAUCGUUGGAGAUCGAAGAUGUGGCGCAGAGUUUCAUCUCAGCUCCAAGCUUUCGCUCCUUGGCGAUCAGCCAUUCAAAUUCACCGUCCGGCUGUCGCCGGAAACGCCCUUCGGUGCGGAGCCUUGAAUUCGACCCAAAGGAUUGCUCGCCUCUUCUCCGUCGAUUCUGGUAAUGCGCCGCCUCCCAGUAAGAAGAGGGUAGAAGACAUCAUGCCGAUUGCCACGGGGUUGGAGCGGGAGGAGUUGGAGGCGGAGCUUGAGGGAAAGAAGCGGUUUGACAUGGAUGCGCCUGUCGGACCAUUUGGCACCAAGGAAGCACCUGCUGUGAUUCAAUCAUAUUAUGACAAAAGGAUAGUUGGCUGCCCUGGUGGUGAAGGAGAGGAUGAGCAUGAUGUUGUGUGGUUCUGGUUGGAGAAGGGCAAGCCGCAUGAAUGCCCUGUAUGCUCUCAAUAUUUUGUGUUGGAGGUAAUUGGCCCAGGGGGACCUCCAGAUGGACAUGGUGAUGAUGAUGAACAUCAUUAAGGAAUCUCGAGUUUAUUUUUUCGCAAAUAAGAUUUGGCGAGUGUUAUAUUAUGCAGCUGAAGAGAAAACUUUUAAAACAGCUACUUGUAUUUUUGUUUUUCCUUGUUUUCAGUAUUUAUUCGGCCAGUUUUUGCUUCUCUUUUCUCGGGUCAUCGACGCUUACAAAUAAUUGGUGCUCCAAUUAAUUCCUUCUAUCAUGACUAGCCACAUAACUACUGUAAUUUUUCCAGAAUUAAUCACUUCAAUAUCUUCCGUUUAA